AAAACCGGCGUCAGGGGCUGCGUUGUCGGGGCUUUUGCGCGGAGGAAGGACGGCGAGAGAAGUUGCUUGGAGAGCUUUUGGAGAGCUGGCGUUGCGCGCGGCCCCGACGCCCCAGGGAGCGCGCGUGGAGCCGGGGACCCCCUUCGGAAGGCAGCCCAGGGGCCGGGGUCUCCAACAAGUGCCAAAAAGUCCGGGUUUGGGGUUUGGAUUGAGGGGAGAAUUGGAGCUUUCCCCAUUGCGCGCUUGCCUCUUUUUGGACGGCGCGCGUUUGGAGAGGUGGGUCCCCCUCUCCAAAAAGGGACCCCUCUCUUGCCGCUUCCCUCCUCCUCCUCCUUGUUUCCGAUGCUGGCGAUGAUGAGCGAGGGCGACGCCAAAGCCUUGCGGGCGGCCAGCCCCACGGACGGCGGGUCGCUUUCCCCGGACAACUCCGACUCGGAGGCGCCUUCCUCUCCCAACGGGUCGGAAGGCGCGACUCAGAAGCGGGCCAAGGAUGCCGGAGAGGCGCAGAGCCCUUCGGAGGCGGACGAGCGCUUCCCGGCCUGCAUCCGCGACGCCGUCUCCCAGGUGCUGAAGGGCUACGACUGGAGCCUGGUGCCCAUGCCCACGCGGGGCCACGGCGCCCUCAAGGCCAAGCCCCACGUCAAGCGGCCCAUGAACGCCUUCAUGGUCUGGGCUCAGGCUGCCCGGAGGAAGCUGGCCGACCAGUACCCGCACCUCCACAACGCCGAGCUCAGCAAGACCCUGGGCAAGCUCUGGCGCUUGCUCAGUGAGAGUGAGAAGCGUCCCUUUGUGGAGGAAGCAGAGCGGCUGAGGGUCCAGCACAAGAAGGACCACCCUGACUACAAAUACCAGCCCCGGCGGAGGAAGAGCGUCAAGGCCGGCCAGAGUGAUUCAGACUCCGGGGCCGAACUGGGCCACCAUGGCGCGAGCCAGGUCUACAAGACUGACACUGGACUGGGCUCCAUGAACGAAGGCCACCACCACGGAGACCACACAGGACAGCCCCACGGGCCCCCGACCCCUCCAACCACCCCAAAGACGGAUCUCCACCAUGGGGCCAAGCAGGAGCCAAAGCACGAAGGCCGGCGACCAGUGGAGAGCGGCCGGCAGAACAUUGACUUCAGCAACGUGGACAUCUCUGAGCUGAGCAGUGAGGUCAUCAACAACAUGGAGACCUUCGACGUCCAUGAGUUCGACCAGUAUUUGCCGCUCAACGGCCACUCGGGUCUACCCUCAGCAGCGGCGGAACAUGGGCAGAACUCCACAGCGGCAGCAGGGGGCUCUUAUGGGGCACCGUACGGUGGAGGAACGCCCCCAGUUUGGACACACAAAAGCCCCAGCUCCGUGUCUCCGUCCUCUGCCGAAGCCGGGCAGCAACAGCGGCCGCACAUCAAGACGGAGCAACUCAGCCCCAGCCAUUAUAAUGACCAACCGCAUGGCUCGCCAACCCACUCUGAUUAUGGGUCAUACGGCACCCAAGCAAGCACCACAACGGUCUCCGCAGCACCAGCCACAGCCUCCUUCUCUGGCUCCCAGUGCGACUACACUGAUCUCCAGAGCUCCAGCUACUACAACCCCUAUUCAGGGUACCCUUCCAGCAUCUACCAGUACCCCUACUUCCAUUCCUCACGCCGUCCUUAUGCCACCCCGAUCCUGAACAGCCUCUCCAUUCCGCCAUCACACAGCCCCACCACCAACUGGGACCAACCCGUCUACACGACACUGACGAGGCCCUGAAAGAGGACCAAAGUGGGGGGGACAGUGAUUCUAACAAGAUCUCCUUUCCCCUAAAAUAAAAACAUUGAGGUGGAGCAAGCUUGUGUUCUGCUGCUCCAGAGACUAGGACACCACGGAGCCAUGGUUUCAAAUUGCAGUGAAAGAGAUGUGGUCCACUGGAGUCUCCCUCUCCAGAAGUCUUGGAUGGCCAUCUGUCGGGAAGGCUUGGAUGGUGUCUGUCUUCACGGCAGAAUGAGGUCAGACUGGAGUCUCUUCCAGCUCUAGGAUUCUGUAUUUCUCCGAUUCUAUGUAUGCACUACACAAAUGAAGGGGGAAAAUGGCAAAACAGUAAAAUACCUUCCGCGGAGCAUCGGUUUGUUGUCUCAAGUGCCUCCUCUUUCUUCUCCUCCGGGACUUUCCCGUGACAUUUUCAAAGAUUCUAUUUUCUCUAUUAAUAAUAAUAAUUAAUAAUGAGCAGUGGAGGAAAAAAUAUUAAUAAUAAUAAUAAUAACAGCAACAGUAACAACUUAUGACCAGUCUUUUGGAGAAAUAGAGGACGAGAUGUUCUAACUCAUCUGUGAGGCCUUGAAAAAGCAGGAUUCGAACGCAGGACGAAAGAGGAGGAGAUGACGGUGUCCGAGGGUCCGUUGCAAUUGGGACACAAAGAAUCCAAGUAGAUUCACAAAAAUAAACCUGAACCCUCAAAAGGGACCAUUCGAGAAUCUGCUGGGACCGAAUGACUAAUGUCAGAUUUUCUUUGUUUUUGUUGCAAUUUUUCUUCAAAGCCCAGCUUUGGUUGCAGUUAACGUUGUUGUUGGGAAGCUUGGAAGCAAACAAGAAGCGUGUUAAAGCUCCGAAAAAGAAGCAAAAGGAAAGUUGUUUUGAUUAUUUUUUGUUGGGGGGGGGGGUGGUAAACUUGUUAAAUAUGUAUUUAUGUUCUGUGUCGUUUUGGUCUUUUGUUUUUUAAUUAAUGGAGUAAUUCUGUGCAAGAAGUCGAUAUUCUUGAAGAAAAGAGAGAUUUGUUUUCAAAACAGCAUCAGAGGCAGGGUGAUAUUUUCCCCAAACCUGUCCUUUUUUGAGAAAUAAAAAGAUAUUGCACCAUUUGGAUUCAGUUAGGAAGGUCAAAAUCUGCAGCACAUCUCAAAAUUAAAUUGCAAUGCGAGAGCUUGAAAGAAGAGGAGAAAUACAUCAUUAGAUCAGUUUCAUAAGGAGAAGGAUAACUUAAUAUUGAGUCUUAUACGGAUCAGUGGUUCCCUAUCUUUGGUCCUCCAGGUAUUUAAGACUACAAUUCCCAUCAUUCCCAACUAUUGGCUAAUGGGGAGUUGGAGUCCAAACAUUUGGAGGACUCCCAAGUUGGGAGCCAUUUGUAUAAGAUUAAAGUGUGUCAAGGGGUGCGUCUACACAGUUGAAUGAAUACAGUUUGACACUGCUUUAAAACCCAUCUUUCGAUGCUCUGGAGUGCUGGGAGUUGUAGUUUGGUCAAACACCAGCCCUCUUUGGCAGAGAAGGCCUUGUGAUUUUUUUUUUCAUGUCAGAAGUGACUUGAGAAAUUACAAGUCACUUCCGGUGUGAAAGAAUAGGCUGUCUGCAAAGAUGUUGCCCAGGGGACACCCAGAUGUUUUACCAUCCUGUGGGAGUCUUCUCUCAUAUCUCCGCACAGGAAGCUGGAGCUGACAGACAGGAGCUCACCCCUUCUUGUGGAUUCGAACUGCCAACCUUCAGGUCAGCAGUUCAGCCAGCACAAGGGCUUAAUCCAGUGGUUCUCAACCUGUGGGUCCCCAGAUGUUUUGGCCUUAAACUCCCAGAAAUCCUAACAGCUGGUAAACUGGCUGGGAUUUCUGGGAGUUGUAGGCCAAAACACCUGGGGACCCACAGGUUGAGAACCACUGGUUUAAUCCAUUGAGCCACCACGUCUCCUCUUGUGAAAUUACAUCUCCCGUUAUCCGAUUGCUUUAAGCCAUGGUAAUCCCAAGUGGUCUCAAACUGCAUUAACUCAACAGUGUAAAUGCCCCACUAACCUAUUAGGCAAACUGUUGCACUCAUUGGAUGCACAGAAGGCUUGCCUUUGUCAUUGAGAACAAUUCAAAGCCGGGUGGCCACGUGUCAGGAGUGCUAGGAUUUGGGUUGGACUAGAUUACCUUUAGGACCCCAUCCAGCUUUCACAAACCAGAACUGUUCUGCCCAUAUAUGCCACCGUACAACUGUGUGGGUUUGGACAGAUGUUCAUUGAGGUUUUUUGGACGAACAUCACAAUGAAAUUCAAUGUUUAUGGUGUAUGGGCACUUGACCAACGUUAUCCUAAGAGAAUACCAUAAAAGUCUUGGAAUAAGCUCCUUUUGGGGCAUUUUUAAAGCCUAUCUUCCAAGCUUUGGCCAUUUUGGAGGUUGUUUCAAGUCCAAUGCCUUCAUGUGAUGAGCCUUAAGAUUCAGACAUUCUUAUCCAUAUGGCAGAACUGGGCUUUUGUUUCUCCUAGGAUGCAUCUACACUGUAGAAUUAAUGCAGUUUAACACCCUUUGAGCUGCCUGGCUCAAUGUUAUGGCAUCCCAGGAGUUUUAGUUAUAGUUUUGAGCCUUCUCUGCUAAAGUUCCAGUGCCUCCCCAAACUACAACUCCCAGGAUUCCAUAACAAUCAAAGUGGCAUCAAACUGCAUUAAAUCCACCGUGUGGAUGCACCCCCAAUUAAGAUGGUGUGGAUUUUUCAGGUUGAGUUGUAGCUCUCUUUCCCUUCUUUCUUUCCAAGGGGGAAAAAAAUUCACAAUUCCAGGAACCCAUUCCAACUACUGUAUAUUAUUACGUGCAUGUAGUCUUACAAGAGGAACUACUGCUCAAUGCAAGCAAAAUGUGAAUUUUUGGAGAUUUCCUUUCUCCAAGAUGAAAGGGACACCAAUCGAUUUUUCCGUAGUUGAAACCAACUUUGGAAGUUUUGGAUUCAGUUUCACUUUUAAAUCUUGCCUAUUUGGGGACCAGAGGUUCAUCCACCCAAGCUGUGAAAAACAAAACAGUUCUCCGCUUUGAUUUGGGUUUGUUUUUAGACUCUCGACUAAUUCUUUCUUCGACAUGUGUCCCAUUGUAUGCUGAGCAUAUAAUAACCGCCUCCUUUAAUGAUCAUGUUGUGCCUUUUAAAAACAAGAAAAAGAAAUAAGACUUUAUAAAUCUUUAAACUUUCAGAGGUUGUCUUAUCUUUUUGUUUUCCUACGUUUCGUUUCCUUGAAAUGAUUCCUUUCCUCCUUUUGUUCUAAAGGGGGGAAUGCCUUUGGGGAAUUUGGGGGGAGGGGGUUGAGAACAGAAAUGCCUUUUUAUGCAAUCUUAUAAUUUGUUUUUUCCUCCUGUUUGGUCAUCUGUUUGAUCUGUUCUGUUUCACUUGCUUCUGACUAAGUCAUGCUAACUUUUGUACAGAUCCAUUUCAUAAAAUUAAAAAAAGUCUUUUAUUCAA